AUGCAAGUUAACCAAAUGAUGCUGUGGAUAAUUUUAUUUAUUGGGGUGAACAUCUUCACAUUCAUUUUAUGGCUGUGUCUUUUACUUCUUGCUCAAAUUAAACGAACAAAUAUAGAACAGCCAGUCCUAUUCAUCACUGCGCAUCCAGAUGAUGAAUGUAUGUUCUUUGCUCCGACUAUACUCAAACUAGUAAAUAGCGGUUGCGACGUCGACCUGCUUUGCUUUACCACUGGGAAUUAUGGUGGAGUUGGUCAUGAAAGGAAGCGUGAACUGGACGUUGCAAUGAAGAAAUUGGGAAUCCGAUGUUCAACCAUUAUUGAUUCAGAUACAUUUGAGGAUGGUCCUAGUUCAUUUUGGCCAACAGAGGAAUUGAUUGAUAUCGUCUGUCAAACAUGUCAUAAACUUAAGAAUAUCACAACUUCACUUGCUAUCGAAUAG